AUGUGUAUCCUGAAACAUAUCUUCUACCAAUGCCCCGAGACUGAAGAGUCAAGAGAGGCCAGACAAAAGCACCCGGACAACAACAUCCUCGAUCUCCCCAACAAGAAGGUGAAGCUCUACCGCAGGAUUGGCGAUCUUGACGCAUGUGUUAGGUUGAGGGCUGGAGAGGAACACCAUAUGCAGCAGGUUCGGGUCUACUGUGCCCACCCGUUCAUCGGCAACUGCAGACAACCCACAGGCAAGGUCGUCGAAAUUGUACAGGGCAUGUGUGCGGACUGUCUGAACGUUUCCAGUGCUCUGCCUCGCCAGGCCUGGCUCCGCCAGGAGCAGCAGCUCAGCAGAGACUUGACCGAGAGAAACCCAGAGCAGGAGAGAAAAAUGAUGGAAAAGAAGGCCUCCGCCUUUGGUUUAAAGAUAGCCAAAAAUGAGGACAAACACAAUGACGGAGACGAGGACAGAUCCGGCGGACCCGUGCUUAGGGGACCUCCUUACACCGACGUACACCCAGAUCUAUUUGAAUACUUUCAGCAAGUCGUCAUCCUGCUCAAACACUCCAUCGCGCGCAAGAUCCCAGAAGCGAACAUGCGCGACGAUGAUCUCAGGCAGGUCAGGAUGGAGAUCCGUGCCGAGAUGUUCUGCCGUUGCGACGACGAUCACUGGAUGGAUAACGCUGAUCAGGGGACGGCGUCUCGCAUGCAUGACUGCAGGUGUCAGACCCAAGUGCUUCCCGCGUCCGCCAACAUCGGCCGCAGGAUGCGGAUGUACGAGGCUGAGCGCAUCCUCAAACGCCAUUCCCGCAUGAUUGACGUCCUAGAAGCUAACUACACGGACAAGGAUAGCCGGUAUCUCCAGGAAGAGAGAGCCGCCGCCCGGAGGUUCUUCCUCGAUCGCCGAGGCGCCCGGGCCAAUGUCGACGAGAUGGCCGUCUACGACAUGUACCCGUCGGAACAGGCGCGCUACCACAACGCCUUGAUGACGCUAGACGUCGAGGUGGAGGACAAGAUCGAACAAGUGCGUCAGGAGCAGCUGUGGAUCGAGACGGACGCUGAAUGGAGCGAGUUCGAGCGCCAGCUGCGCCUGCGCGGGCAACAAGCCAAGCAGGCCGUCACGUGGAUCGCGCUCGACAACGGGCUGAAGGAUGAGGUCGUCGAGGAGCUGGUCGGCAUUGCGAAGACGUGGCUUCUCUACGCCGGGACAACAUUUGACCCCAUCAACCCGUACGUCCAUGGCUUGCGCCCCGACAAGACAGACCAGCAGAAGGCAGCGGAGGUUGCGGUGUACAACGACAUCAAGAGGAUGUUUAGCGUGAUGACGCAGAUGUUCCCGGCGAACGAUAAGGAGAGGUGGGAGCUGUACGCGAACGAAUUCCAGGAGGGCCGCAUCUCGACUGCCGAGUUUCGGGCCAUUUUCCAUGUCAGGGACACGUUUUACGCGAACGCGAUACGCAAGGUGCCGGAUGCACUGGCCGCGGCUCGGAGGAGAGUCAUUUCGGUGGCCACGGCGGCGGAACGGCUGACGGGGAACCACCACCCCGCGCCACAACAGCCGCAGACAGACCCGUCCACGAGCGGGGAAUCCAUGAACUUGAUAGAUUUUGAGGACGGCGCGGCCAAAGAGAAGAAGGAGGACCCGCCCACCUGCGGGCUUUGUGAGGAGCAGUACGACGACAACAACGAGCUGCGACGGGCGGUCGCGGUCUGUCCCCGGUCGAAGCUGCAUCUGGUGUGCUUCAGAUGCGCCAUGACACACGUGCUAAAGUUUGCCGCGGUCAACACAUCAACAGACGACAGACCGAGGUGUAUGUUGUGCAGAAAGAAAUUCCACGGCGAGUUCUUUAGGAUUAAAUAUAAAGAUCUCGGCAAGCUGCCUCCGCCUACUGCGGAGGACGGGGAGGAUGCUGUGAGAGGUGCGCUCAUCUACCCUCCGAGUGAUGCGGUGCGGCCUGGGCAGCCUUUUCUAUGGUGA